UUAGAUGGUAGGGUGUUUGUUGUAUUUUUUCUAGUGUAAACGGAGGUAUACUCCAGUCUAGUAAGUGGCGGUAAUGCAACAUUUAUUGGAUGCCAACCGCCGUUAAACCUUAUCGAAGAAGAACGAAGUUCAACGACAACUUGACACGGAAGUGAUUCAACGGUCUAAAUUAGCAUUUGGUGUACACACUAGUUCUUACAAAAGCUAUUGUAACUAGAUAUUUUAGUAAGAGCAUGGUGUGCAAUUGCACCUUAUCGAUCAAUGUAUGAUAAAUAGACGCAAUAUAUUGCACGAGACAGGGCAGGGAGAGCUCGGUUAGCAAAUAAGCUACAGUAACGUAAUCUAGCUAGCCAGCCAGAUAAACAACCCUGCAUCUUCAGAUCAAUACAUAGUUUAGGGAUGGAGUUGGUCUAACGUCUAGAAAACAAAGGGACGUGUCGAAAAUGGGUGCAUUUUACUGUGCGAUAUGUAGGCAAACAUCUUUCUCCGGAAAAGCACACAUCUUCGGGAAAAGUCACCAGAGCAAACUCAAAGUGGUCCUUGUUAAAUUCCUUGAGAAGGUGAAAGAGGCGCGUCGAACGAUAAAAAAUCCCCAGGUGGAGAGGUUCGAUUGCACUCAGCACAAACGCAAAUGUUGGUGUUAUUGCUGUGGCCUCGAGGUGGAGAGAGACGUCACUGAUGGCGACAUCACUGUGUUGUUCGGGGGCUUGUUGGAACACAUGGCCAGGCCUGACCACAGGAAGGGCACCCACACAUUCUGGUGGGAGAACAAAGCUGAUCCUAAACUGAGGGACAAGUUUAUAAUCACAGAAAAUGAAAUGGAGCGAUUUAAAACAGAGGUGGCAAAAGCUUUAGGCUCAUUUGAGGAUAAGGAGGAUGGGCUUAUCAAGCAGCAAGCCACUCAUAUCCGAGCUCAGGAACAGCAUCGCCAGGAGGUCCUUCAGUCUCUCAUAGAGCCUAAGGCAGAGCUGGAGCUAUCGAACACAGAAGGCCCUUGCAACUCAGUGGACGAGGCUUCCAGUAGCUCUCACUUCAGGGCCCCUGGAUCCGAUGAGCAGGCCAGGUCUGGUCGGGUCGACCAAAUGGUGGCCAGGCAGUGGGCAGGCCCUGGACAGGGCCUGACCUUCAUUGGCUACCAGGAUUCUUCCAACAGUGGAAAUGUUCACACAGGAGCCAUCCCUCCAUGGUUACAGGAGGACCCCAAUGAGGGCAGGUCUGGGACAAUGGAGCAGGCGAUCGGUCCAUCACUCCAGGACUUCCUCAAACAGAAGGAGCAGGAGAAGCUAAAGAAACUCCCCCCUAACCGGGUGGGGGCCAACUUUGACCAUAGCUCCCAGACAGAUGCCAACUGGCUGCCCUCUUUCGGCCGGGUGUGGAACAGCGGACGCCGCUGGCAAUCCAGGCACCAGUUCAGAGAGGAAGAGGGACAGACCAACAGACAAAAGAGAAAGCGGGAUCAGGGUGCUGAGGGAACAAAGAAACCAAACCGCCUGAACAGUGACUAGUAUGCAUUGUACAUAGAAAUGUUACAGAACAAAGCAGUUAAAAAAACAUGACAUUUUUUUGGAAACCAUGAAAAGCCUUUAUUUCAGGAUAUAAUAAACUAGGAUCAAUGUAAAUGUCAAGCUCACUAUGCCCGUUUCAAAUUUGAUUCCCGGCCAAUGUUUUUGGCACUUGUUUUAAAAUAAAAUAAUGAACUGGACUACA